GGGGACCCGGCGGGGCCGGGGCGCUCCGGAGGGCUGCUGGGUGCCGCGGGGCCCGUGUCGUUCGCGUUCAGCCGCAGGGCCGAGCGGAGGCGGCCGCUGCCCGCGGGGCCGUGCGCGGAGCCCGGCGCGGGGCCCGACAGCGACACCGACACGGAGCUCCUGACGGCGGUGGAGGACCGAGAGCUGCUCGGCACGCGGCCGGCCCCUCCCCCAAGGAGCUCACCCCGCCCCAGCACAGACCCCGCUCCUCGGGGACCCCUGACCCCCUCGGUGGAGGCUCAGGCGGUGCAGGAGCUGCUCCAGGAGGCGCGGCAGAGUCGGGAACAGCCCCAGGAGGGGUCGGGACCCCCCAUCGCCAUCCCCCUCCAGCUGCCGGACAGGGACGUGGCCACCGGACCACAGCCGGACUACGAGGCGGUGCCCGUGGGGCAGUUCGGGCUGGCCAUGCUGCGGGGGAUGGGCUGGAGCCACGGCCAGGGCAUCGGCUCGCACCUUCCCAGGGUCGUGACCCCCCUGGAGCAUCGGCCCCGCCCCCGGGGGUUGGGUCUGGGGGCCGAGGGGGCCCCCCCGGGACCCCCAAACCGGGAGGAGCCCCCCCGGGGGGGCCCGGCCGUGGGAGACCCCGUGAGCAUCGAGGCCGGACCACACCGGGGCGUGGAGGGCAAGGUGGAGGGCCUGGACCCCGAGACCGGGCGGGCACUGGUGCGGCUCAAACUGGGGGGGCAGGUGGUGGCCGUGAACCAGCACGGCCUGCGCCCAGUCAGCACUGGUGCCCAGAAGGGCCCCGAGGGGGGCACAGGUCGGGGACCCCCAACGGGGAGAAGAGGAAGGAGCCCCAAACCCCAGAGGCCGGUGAAGCAUUUUCGGGGGGACCCCCCCGGGACCCCCCAUUGGCUGCGGAGGGACCUGCGGGUGCGCUGCGUGGACAGGACCUUCCACAGGGGGCGCUACUACAACUGCAAG